AUGACUUCCACAAACACCCAGAUCAUCUCUUAUUCUCCUUCUUCUUCUUCUAAAUCAACCCAUCAAUUCACUUAUGAAGUCUUCUUGAGUUUCAGAGGAGAAGACACCCGCUAUGGUUUCACAGAUCAUCUUUAUGAGGCUUUGAUUUCCUGUGGAAUUCGUACCUUUAGAGAUGAUGAAGAACUGGCGAGAGGAGGAGUAAUUGCAUCUGAGCUGUUGGAAGCUAUUGAAGAAUCAAAGAUUUUUCUUAUCAUUUUUUCGGAAAACUAUGCUGCCUCUAGGUGGUGUCUAGAUGAACUCGUGAAGAUCAGUGAGUGUGGGGUAAUCGAGGGGCGACUGAUUCUACCAAUUUUCUAUCAUGUGGAUCCAUCCCAUGUGCGGAAGCAAAGAGGGAGUUAUGAAAAGGCAUUUGUUGAUCACGAAAAGGAAGCAGAUGAGGAGAAAAGGGAGAAGAUUCAAAAGUGGAGAAGUGCCUUGGCAAAAGUUGGCAAUCUUGUUAGAUAUGAUCUACAAAAAUAUCAGUAA